GCGUCGUCGGGGACGCCGGGGCAGGCUCUUGCUAGGGAACCGGUGUUGUCGCCCCGCCCCCUCGGGGGGCUUGUAGUCCCGUUAACUGUCGGCCCGGCCGGUUUCUGUAGAGCAGGGCGACAUGCCGGUGCGCUUCAAGGGGCUGAGUGAAUACCAGAGAAACUUUCUAUGGAAAAAAUCGUAUUUGUCAGAGUCCUACAACCCCUCAGUGGGGCGAAAGCACUCAUGGGCCGGACUUAGAUCGGAUCAGUUGGGGAUCACGAAAGAACCAAGUUUUAUUUCAAAACGAAGGGUUCCCUACCAUGACCCUCAGAUUUCAAAAUCCCUGAGGAAUGGAGCCAUCACAGAGAAGGAUAUGGUUGUCCCAUCAGAACCCCAGACCCUCCAGACACCAAAACCACAAGAGGCAGAGCCAGAAGAAGAUGCUAACCAAGAAAGAGCUCUCUCCUUAGAGGCUUCCAGGGUUCCCAAGAGAACUCGAUCUCAUUCUGCAGACUCCAGAACUGAAGGGGCUUCAGAUGCCGCGGGACAGCACCAGGAUGCAAUAAGAAACCACGUACUGGAUGAUGAAGUGAAGUUGGAACCGUCCCCCCAACCUCUGGCGGAGAGUGUAGAUCCCAGGUUGGAUAGGCAUCUCCGUAAGAAAGCUGGAUUGUCCGUCGUUCCCUUGCACAAUGCCUUGAGAAACUCUGAGUACCAAAGGCAGUUUGUCUGGAAGACCCGUAAAGAAACUGCGCCCGUCUUUGCAGCCAGUCAGGUUUUCCGUAAUAGAAGCCAAAUUGUUCCACAAUUCCAAGGCAAUACAGUCAUCCACGAGACUGAAUACAAGCGGAACUUUAAGGGUUUGUCUCCAGCGAAGGAGCCAAAGCUAAGAGAGGGUUUGAAAGGAAACGGUGGUCUUGAGACGUUGUCUCCGGAGAAGGCAGACGAGCCUUUAGAAUUAGAAGUAGAGAUGGGAUCAGAAGACUCAGAUCAGCCUAAAAAGAAGCUUGCUCCGUGGAGACACCAAAGGCUUGGCAAGGUGAAUUCUGAAUAUAGAGCAAAAUUUCUGAGCCCAGCCCAGUAUUUCUAUAAAGCUGGAGCUUGGACCCGCGCGAAGGAGAACGUGCCAAGCCAGGGUUCUCUAAAUGCCAUGUGGUAUGCAGAGGUUAAGGAGCUGCGAGAAAAGGCUGAGUCUUACAGGAAGCGAGUUCAGGGAACACAUUUUUCUCGGGACCAUCUGAACCAGAUUCUGUCCGAUAGCAACUGCUGUUGGGAUGUCUCCUCGACCACGAGCUCAGAAGGGACCAUUAGUAGCAACAUCCGAGCAUUGGAUCUUGCCGGUGAUCCUGCAGGCCACAAGACUCCCCAGAAACAUCCUCCUCCCAAGCUAGAGGCAAAGAAAGCUGCCCUGGAGGAGCAGCCCCCGAAAAAUUCCACCGAGAAGCUGGCCCUGCCGGAGGCGGCCACCAUGCCUGUCAGGAGGAAGCUGGCCUGGGAUGCGGAGAGCACCAGUGAGGACCCACAGGAGCAGCCCACAGGAGACGGGGAGGAGGAAAGCGGGAAAGACAAGCCGAUCUCUGUGGGAGAGCUGGAGAAACCGGACACACAGGACAAGUCCAAGGCAGACAGAGUGAAAGAAGGGUCGGAGCCGUCUUCUGUUUCCUCAGGAAAUGGGGGAAGGCUUCCUACCCCGAAGCUGAGACAACUCGGCAUCCAGCGGACUCACCAUGAUCUCACCACCCCCGCUGUGGGUGGGGCGGUCUUAGUGUCGCCAUCCAAAGCGAAGCCUUCAGCCCCAGAGCAGAGGAAGAGAGCGUCCUCCCAGGAUGGCUUAGACUCUCUGAAGAAAGACCUUACUAAGAAAGGAACCCACCGCACGAUGUCUCUCCUGACCUCUCCUGCUGCUGGCAUCAAAACGGUUGAUCCCCUACCUUUGCGGGAAGAUUGUGAAGUCAGUGUUCCCAGACUGGCUGAGGCUGCUCUUCCAGGUUCAAAAGUUCCAGAACACCAGGCACACACCCCUGGACAGCCUUCUACUUCGUGUGUCCUGCCUUACUGGCAUCCUUCCAGCAAGAUCCAAGGCUGUCUGCGAGACCCUGAAUUUCAGCACAAUGUGGGAAAACCAAGGAUGAGCAAUUUGCAGUUACCUCCACGUGAAGCCUUUAACGAUGAAGAUGCAGACAGACUGUCUGAGAUCUCUGCCCGCUCUGCGGCUUCCAGUCUCCGGGCUUUUCAGACUCUAGCGCGAGCUCAGAAAAGAAAGGAGAAUUUCUGGGGCAAAACAUAAACCCUCUCCUCUUAUCUAGAGAAACACUGGCAUCCUCUUUCCUUAUUGCUUACCGUGUUACGAUUUUCGGAGUUUUGAUUUCCUCUUGACACUUUCAACUUAAACUAUUUGAUUUUUCAGUAGCUCAUCUUACCCAGAAAAUUUCAAUGCAAGUGUAUCUAAAUUUAACUCUUUGAGAAUCCCUUGUUACUUAUCUGACUAUGAAGACAUAGAUUAUGUAGUUCUUCACACAUUCUGUCUUUUGUAUCAGGUGUCGGGGGUGGCUGGUAGAAGUGUGAAUGUCAUCUGUCCAGAGGAUAUGCUAAAGGGAUAACAUGAUGUCAAAAUUAAGAUCUCCCAAAUUAUAUUCCCUCCCAGAUUGUUCUAGGCAUUUCAAUAGCCGUAGAGAUCGUCAAAGGAAUCUGCCAUUCCUUGACUUUUGCUUCAGUGUUUUUAUUAGCACCUCCUGUACACAGUUGCAGUGUUGAGAGAAUUGUACCUUGAAAAUCCAGCUGUAUAUAUUUUUCUUAUUUAUGUAACAAAAUUUGCUUGAGAGAAUAUGUAUAUUUUUGAUCUUUUUAUGUAUUCUAUUUGUACAAUAACUGGCAUACAUUUGAAUAAUGUCUAGAUUUUAAGAAAUUAUUUGUGUAAUGGAGAAUUAAAACUUUGUAGACAUUUGAAAAUGAAAAUUAAGUGUGCUUGGCUCCUCCAAAGGGUUAUCAUGUGGAAUAAAUGCCUUCUUGAAACAGUC